AGAGUCACACUGUAAAUAUCGAAUUGAUAGCUGCAAUCUACGUGGCUGCAUAAUUGUAACGGACUACGGUGUCCUCGUGAUAUUGCAUGCAUAUAAAAGGAGCAGCGCAUCGAAAAAAACAUCAAAAUGCUUUGGUUGCUCUACAUUGCAGCUGUGCUCAUCUCCGCAUCGUCUGCGUCGGAGGAAGGUGAAAACACGCAAUGCCCGAACAAUAUAGGAAUGACCGAUACAUUGAGGGAGCUCUUUCUGAAUUCCCACAACUCCAAAAGAACUCAGCUCGCACAAGGUCUAGUUCGUGAGAAAAAUGGAAAUCUGCUUCCGCAGGCUACGAAUAUGAUUAGACUGGACCUGGACUGCGAGCUGGAGGCCGGCGCGAUCGCUUAUGCUAAAACUUGCCCUCAUGCCGCCUCGGAUCCAAGCACAAGGAACGAAACAGGCGAACUCUACCAUCGUGUUUCUGUAAGCAGCACGGUCCCUACGCAGGAAGAUGGAAUCAAAAAUGCUGUCACCAACUGGUGGAAAGUUGUUAGUUUUUAUCCUGGCAUUGGAAUGAAAGCGAUGUUCCGAAAGGCUCAUGUCAAGACACCAAUUGAAUCAUUUACACAGGUGGGAUGGGCGAGGACAAAAAGUUUGGGUUGCUCCAUAGUAACUUGCGAGUCAGACUAUGUGGUUAUCUGCCGUUACUAUCCAAAGGGAAACAUUGUUGGGGAGAAUGUUUAUAUCCCUGGAGAUACUUGCACACAGUUUUUUUCGAAGCACAUGCAGUAA